AUGCACCGAGGACCUCUCGUCGACUUCGAGGGUGAUGGCCAAGCCUCUCCGUCGUGCUACGUUGCACGAUCUUCUGCGUACAAAAGGCCGCCUCCGCCCUGCGCUCCUUCUCCUCCCUCCGUCCCUCGCCCCUUCAACCAGCCUCGACUAGCCCCUCCACCUUCAACACCUUCCGACAUGCUCUCCACCAAGACCAUCCUCACCAUCUCGGCUCUCGCGACCGCCGCCCUCGCUGCUCCCAGCGUCGCCAGCGACGACAAGGGCCUCGGCUACGGCGGCUACGGCCACAAGGGAGCCGUUGCGUACGGCGGAGCCGCCGAGAAGGAGCAAGCCGCCGACUGGGCGAACGCCGAGAAGCAGGCCAACGCCGCCAACCACGCUCAGGCCGCUCACUCGGGCGCCGAGCAGGUUGCUGCCCACAACAAGGAGUACAAUCACGCCAACGGCGCGUACGACAAGGCUCAGGGCAACGCUCAGGAGUGGAACAAUGCCAGGAAGUUCGGCGGCAACGUCGGCCACGGCAACGCGUACAACAGCGGUGCUGAUGUCGCCGAGCACGAGGCUGAGAACAACGGCCACGCCGCUGCUUACGGCUCGAAGCUCGGCGGCUACGGCGGAUACGGCGGCGGCUACGGCGGCAAGCUCGGAGGAUACGGCGGAGGAUACGGCGGCUACGGUGCCAAGGGCCUCGGCGGAUACGGCGGAGGCUACGGCGGCUACGAGGGUGUCAAGCCUGUUGGCUACGGUGCCAAGGGCCUCGGCGGAUACGGCGGAGGCUACGGCGGCUACGAGGGUGUCAAGCCUGUUGGCGGCUACGGCGGUGGCUACGGCGGCUACGAGGGCGUCAAGGGCGGCUACUCGGGCUACUGA